ACUCUGAGUAAAAGCUACUCAGUAAAGGAAAUCAGGAUUUACACUCAAGUGCCCUCCAGAGGGGAUUUGAUUAUUGCCCACUGAGUAAAGGACAUUUACUCACUGAGUAAAGGAAAUCAGGAUGAGGGCAGUGGUUUUUACUUGGAGUAUAUUUGAUUAUUGCCCACUAAAGUGAAUUCAAUUCAUUUUGCCAAACAAAUUCCUCCCAAGCUCUAUUUAAAGAGACUUCCCAGGACCAUUUGAGCCUGGAUUUCCUAGAUUUCCCCAAAAUGCACGUGGUGGCUGGGCUGUGGCUGUGCCUGGGCUGUGCUUGGGCUGCCCCCCUGAGCCCCUGGUGUCUCUCAGCCCAGCUCAGGAGGCCGGGGGAUUUUGUCCUGGGGGGUUUGUUCCCCUUUGGGAAGGACACCCUGAACCUGGCAGCUCGCUCUGAGCCCACCCUGCUGCUCUGUGACAGGUUAUUCACGGAUGGGCUGAUCUGGGCUCUGGCCAUGAGGUUUGCCAUCGAGCAGAUCAACAACAGCAGCUGGCUGCUGCCAGGGGUCACCCUGGGCUAUGACAUGUGUGACACCUGCUUUGAGCCCCUGGUGGCCCUUCAGCCCAGCCUCCUCUUCCUCACCCGCAAUGGCACCAGGGCCAUCGGGGUCCUGUGUGACUACAGCGAGUACCAGCCCCGCGUCAUCGCCGUCAUCGGGCCCCACAAAUCCGACCUGUGCCUGCUCACAGCCAAGCUCUUCAGCUCCUUCCUCAUCCCACAGGUGAGCUACGGCGCCAGCAGCGAGACCCUGAGCAACACAGAGCUCUACCCAUCCUUCUACCGCACGGUGCCCAGCGACAAGAACCUGGUGGAGGCCGUGGUGCUGCUCCUCAACCACUUUGGCUGGAACUGGGUGGCCACGGUGGCCAGCGAUGAUGAGUAUGGCCGGGGAGCCCAGGCGCUCUUCCUCAGCAUGGCUGGCACCAACAGCAUCUGCAUCGCCUUCGAGGGGCUCAUCCCCACCGAGCUGGCCGAGCCUGAUGCCACCAAGCAGCUGGAGAACACAAUUAAAUUAAUUAACAGCACCAAAGUCAACGUGAUUGUGCUGUUUGCACACAGCGUGCCAGCCCAGGCCCUGCUGCAGCACAGCCUGGCCAUGGGGCUGGGCAAGAAGGUCUGGCUGGGCAGCGAGGCCUGGCUGCUGUCGGACAUCGCCACCUCUGUCCCCAACAUCCAGAGUGUGGGGACAGUGCUGGGCUUUGUCAUGAGGACGGGGACAGUGCCAGGCUUCCAGGAGUUUGUGGCUGAGCUGUUCAACUCUGUGGCUCAGGAGGAGUUCUGCCAGCGCUCCCGGGAGCUCAGCGGGCUGGAGGACACCGAGGUGUUGGACACGCACUGCCGGCAGUGCAGCAAUGUCACCCUCGGGGACAUCUGGCCCAUGCUGGGGGUGACACCGGUGCAGCCCGUGCACGUGGCCGUGUACAGCGUGGCCCACGCACUGCACAGGGCUCUGGGCUGCACCUCCAAAGGGUGUCCCAAAACAUCUGUCAGGUCCUGGCAGCUGCUGCACUUCAUGAACACCCUCCCUUUUGAGGUGAAUGGGCAGAGCUUCAGGUUUGAUCAAUCCCACGGCACAAACACGGGCUACAAACUGAUCCUCUGGGCCUGGAGGGAUGGCACAGUCACCUACCUGCCCGUGGGGGACUAUGACCAGUCCCUGUAUGUCCGGACGUCCCAGAUCCAGUUCCACACCCCAGACAAGAAGGAGCCCACAUCCGAGUGCUUCAGGCGCUGCCAACCAGGGCAAUUCAGAAGAAUAAAAGGAUUCAAUCUCUGCUGCUAUGACUGCACAGACUGCUCAGAAAACACCUUCUGGAGCAGCACAGACAGCACCAGCUGCUCCCCGUGCCCACAGCACCAGUGGGCUCCCACCCGCAGCACGCGCUGCCACGACCGCACCGAGCGGUUCCUGUCCUGGGAUGAACCCCUGGCCGUGGCCCUGCUGACCCUGGUGGCCCUCACUGCAGCCCUGAGCUGUGGGGCAGCCCUGCUGUUCCUGCAGCACCUGCAGAGCCCCCUGGUGCAGCUGGCAGGAGGUGCCAGGAGCCUCCUGGCCCUGCUCUGGCUGCUGCUGCAGAGCCUCAGCUGCUGCCUGCACGUGGGCAGGCCCAGCGCGGCGCUGUGCCUGCUGCAGCAGCUCUGCUAUGCCCUGUGCCUCAAUGGCUGCUUCUCCUCCCUGCUGCCCAAGGCCCUGGAGAUCACCCUGGUGACAGAAUUCCCCCACUGUGCCCCCAGGCUGCUGCGCUGGGUGACCCACGGCAGGGCCUGGCUGGUGGUGGCCAUGUCCAUACUCACCCAGGUGUUGCUCUGCUGGUGCCACCUCCACCUGGGCCCUGAUUACCUGGUGGCUGACUAUGAAUCCCUGCCCAGGGAGGUGCUGCUCGUGUGUGGCACCCAGUCCUGGGCUGCUUUUGCCCUCCUGCAUGGCUACAACAGCUGCCUAGCCUUCGUCUGCUUCCUGUGCACCUUUAUGGUGCAGACCCCAGGCAGGAGGUACAAUGUGGCCAGGGGCAUCACCUUUGCCACCUUCAUCUAUUUCAUCAUCUGGAUUUUCUUCCUGGUGAUUUUUGCCACGCUCAGGACGGUGCUCAGGGCUGUCACCCAGAUCUGCACCAUCCUGGCCACCACCCUGGGCAUUUUGGCCAGUUACUUUGUGCCCAAGUGCUACAUCUUGGUGUUCAGGCCUGAUCUGAACACGAGGGAUUAUUUCCAGAACCUCUCUGAUGAGCAGCCAGAGGAGGACAGACAAUAAACCACUCCUUGUGUCACCUGCUCCUCACAAAACCUGGAUUUUAAGGAGAAAAUCCUGUUUAUGAGCACUUUGUAGUCCCAGGAACAAUCACAUCUGAAUUAGAGUUGUGAAGAAACACAUUUCAGCCCCAAAAAGGAGCAAAAUUAGGUUCAGUUAAUGGAAGAACCUCCAGAAAUGGUAUUUUACACCCAUCUCUCAAGUCUGUCAGUGUGAAUCACCAACAGCACUUCCCUCUAAACACUUCUGGUAAUUUCCCUUUCUUAUUAAUUAACAGCUCCGGAGAUGGAUCCAGGAAUCCUUCCCCAUGUGUUGUCAGAAUAAUACAAUAAUUCUAAUAUAUCAAAUGCACCCAAUAAAAGAGAAGUAAAAAGAACAUUCUGGCAGCUACCAGCCUUUCCCAAACCUUGUAAGAAUUAUACAAUAAUUCUGAUAUAUCAAAUAUAUCCAAUAAAACAGGAGUAAAAAGAACAUUCUGGCUGGUGUCAGCCUUUCCCAAGCCUUGUCAGAAUUGUCGAAUAAACCCAAUAAAAGAGGUGUAAAAACAACAUUCUGGCAGGUGCCAGCAGUGCUGUGUGGGACACAGAGGGGGCAUUUCCCAUUCAAAUCCCAGCUCAGUCCAUUUGUGUUCCAUGAAAAUCAGGGACAGGCAAUGUAAAUGAGCUCUGUGCAAAUCUCACCCUCCAAAGGCACAGCAGGAGCUUCCUCCCUUCCCCAAAACCAGGCAAAAUUCACCCAAAACUUCACAUUUUUGCCAGGCAGUAUCCAGUCAAUACCCAGUCACAUCACCAAGGUUUUUCUUUUCCCCACUCAUGUUGACAAGGAAAUAUUCUGCUCUUUUAUUCCUAAAAAGUUUUUCCAUUGCUGCUCUUUUAUUCCCUAAAAGUUUUUUCAUUUCUGCUCUUUUAUUCCCUAAAAUUCAUUUCUGCUCUUUUAUUCCCUAAAAUUUUUCUAUCUCUCCACUGUGUGUUACUGGAUUUUAAGCAGUCCAGCUCAGUUAAAGAAUUUGUAAAUUAAUCUAAACCAGUGAAUAUUUUCAUUCAAAAAAAAAAAAAAAAGAAAAGAAAAAGAACUUUUUGGUACACUGCAAAGUUAUUUGUCCCCAAUCACCUCCAUCUAAAAUUUGUGAUCACCUCCAUCUAAAAUUAUUCCUCAGUGUGAUUUAAAAAACCAAAACUCUGACCUGGAGCCUGGAGUUCUUGUUCCUGGAGCGUGCAGGAAUUCUUCACAACUACCUGAAAUUCUCAGUAUUCCUCCUCCAGGGCUGUGGUUCCAUAGCAGAGAAACAUGAAAUAACUUUUGAUCAUCAUUCCAGAAACAGGGAAAGGAAAAAAAAUCUGAUUUAACUCCACCAGGCCCUGCAGGAAAAGGCUGUCCAAAAUUCCAUUUAAGAUUCACUUAAAUUCUGACCAUUUAAUAUUCACUUAAAUUCUGACCAUUUAAUGUUCACCUAAAUUCUGAUCAUUUGAUAUGCACUUAAAUUCUGAGCAUUUAAUAUACACUUAAAUUCUGAUCAUUUAAUACUCACUUAAAUUCUGACAAUGUAAUAUUCACUUCAAAUCCAACAAUUUAAUAUUCACCUAAAUUCUGAUCAUUUGAUAUGCACUUAAAUUCUGACCAUUUAAUAUUCAACUAAAUUAUGAUUAUUUCAUAUCCUCCUCACUGGAAAAUGCUGGGAUUUAUGGUACUUAAAUGCUGUUUAACUCUCCCCUUGCUGUGUGAUUUGUAUCAGCUGGGAAGAAGGAAUCUGCCUCACCAAGCUGUGCUUGUUCUUUUUAUUUAAGCUGGAAAAUUAGAAGAAUUGAGGCUGGAAAAAUGUUCACACCUCCAGUGCAGCUGAGCCUCCAGGGUGUCCUAACAAACCCAAGGCUCAGCAGAAUUUACAAAGGGUGUCCCAGUGAUUCUUGAUUCUGCUGGAGAGUCCAAAAAUUGGCAAGAUUUAGGAAAUAAAUCACAAUGAAAUGCUGUAAAGAACUGACCACAUACACUGUGGUUGUCACAUAAAAUUAAAAGCUUUUUAGUGUUUAAAAUAGCAUUUACACAUAAGCAGCUAUAUAUUAACUAUACAGACACUUGGGUUUUAAUACAAUAUCUACAAAAAAGAAUUCAAUUAUGCAAUAGACAUUUAACAGGAACAGUGCAGUCCAUGCUAAUAAGAGGUCACUCUUGGAGUAGAACCAGUUCUAGGAUAGGUGAUAGUCUGGGUUUUCAUUAUUUAAAAUCAUGUAACUUUGUUCCUCUACUGUACAUAAAAUUCUUUACAUGUAUUUCUAAUCACUGAUUAGAAUUAAUAAUUUUAAGUCAAUCUUAUUACAAUCCAGUUAAAUGCAAAACAAAAACAAAAAAUUAAAAUAAAAAAACCAAACAAAAACAAUUACAUCAACCCAUGAGCUGUCAAGUCUCAGGAGGGGAGAGAACAAAAAUCAGAGAGAAAACAAGAAUCGUAGCAAAAUUCAACAUCUGUGCAUCAUUGCCUGCCAUCCAAUAAAACCUUUGGAUAAAGUUCCCAGGGCACUGAUUCCUUGGAAAAGCAGAUUCAUUAACAGGAGGUAAAAGAGACCAGCAUGCUUUUAAGACUAUUUGCCAAAAAAAUUUACUCUUCAAGGCUUAAAUACUGGGUGGGGACACCUCCUGUGCAGAUGCUGCCUCUUGGGGGGCGAGAAAACACCCCAAAGUUUUUCCUGCCCCUUUUCCAGGAGUCCCCAGAUAUCCCUGCUGCAGGGAGGGGUGAGCACUGAGCUCAGCUGCAGAAUAAAAAUACAUUAUUUGAAAAAAUAAUUGAAGAAUUGCUUUAAUCCAAUUCUUUCGGGCUCCUGCUCUGAGGGUGCUCCCAUGCCCUGCACAGCAAAGCUCUCCCUGGAGCCAAAAUCCACCAAAAUUCAGCAAAAUUCACCUGCAGGCCCUGGUGGGUAUUUUGUACCUUUUGGCUCUGCAGCACUCCAGCCUCCAAAUUUUCUUUUCCCUGGCACAAUUCCCACUGUGGGCAGCUCCCCUGGCAUGGCUGGCACAGGAUCCUGCAAGGAAUGCAGCAGGAUAGGAAAGACACAAAGGAUGGGAUUUGGGAAAUCUCAUUUUUGUUCCCUUGAGGAAACAGAUCUGGCAAAGAUUCAGACCUGACUUUCAGCCCAUGAUGGGGGAGAAAAAAAAAGAUGCAGACUUUUGUGUCACUGUUCAAUAUUGCACUGUUCAAGAGGAUCCACCUCCUCCAGCCUGAAUUUCCUCAGCAAAAAAAAUUCCCACAUCUGCUGGGGACUCCCAGCCUCGUCCCAGGGUGACCCACGAGUACACACAUUUUAAAAAAAGUCAUUUUUUCAACAUAGCAGCAAAGACCAGCAAGACACAGAACAGUUUCUGCCAACAGCAAAACCACGAGACAAAAGCCAACCCCCAGCAGGUGUGGAAACUGCAACUCUUGGAAAUUAAAUAUGUCAAUUAAAUAUGGGUGAAAAGCUCAGCCCCCAGAUUUAAUCUCUUUUUUUGGAAAUAUUAAAAGGAGAUUUUUUUUUCUUCCAGCCCUUUGAGUUUUGCCUUAAAACAGGGCCAGAGAAAUAAUAACUUAUAAAAUGACAGAAAAAAAAUCACAAUUAAUUUAGAAGUAGAACCACUAGUGAUUGUCAGUAAAGUCACAGACUGCUCAGCAGUGUCUCCUGGAGACAGAGCAGAAUUCCAUCACUCUUUUACCCUGAUUUAAGUGUCAAUCUUUCAGAAUAAUUUACCAAGUCAGGUUUGCAUGUGGGAGCAGGAGGGAAGGGACAGAAAAGUCCUGUUGUACAGUCAAACUUUAGGCAGGGCCUCUUUUGGAGGAGCCACCCAUGGUGGUGAUGAAAGCUCUGCUUUCAGAUGCCUUGAGCAGCUUUUUUUGGGGAGGUUUUUGCAAAGGAAAUUAAUUUAGAAGCCCAGAAAUGGGCUGAGUAAGAGUUUCUCGAAUUCCCGGCUCCCUGUGGAAAGGGAAAUUGAGUCUCCCAUUCCCACAAACAUCUGGAAUCUCUGACAAAGGGAGGUGGGAAAAGGAAAUAAGUGAAAAAUCAGAAUUAAAAGGACAUUUUGAAAAGGAAAUAAGUGAAAAAUCAGAAUUAAAAAGACAUUUUGAAGAUUCAGUUUUCAGGGUGAAAAUUUUGAACAUUUUGAAGGGUCAGGUUUUCAUUUUCACAAAUGAACUGUGUGUACACAAAGAUUGUUUUAAGAUGUUCUCUCCUCACAUCCACCUUGGAUAUUUACCCAAAAAGCACAGAAGAGACCAAAAAGCAGCUUCUUACCAGUGGAGGAAAUGCUUAUUUAGAGUAAAAACUGAUUUUAAAGCACCUGCUCUAAAUCCUGCCAGCAGCAGAAUCUCACAAAAGAGAAUUUAACUGAGGAAUGGCUUCAUGGUCAAAUGCCAGAGUGGAUGCAUUAAAUGAGCCAUACGACAGCAUGGCUGUGCUCACCAUGCCUCAAAAAAGCUUUUUAAACAUCCCUGAAGCUGCCUGAAUUUAAUUUCUACAGCCUCAGAGCAGAAAUAGCCAGAAAAUAAAUCCUGGGGAUAUUCAACAGCAGAGCUCCUCAGCAGGAGGAGGAGUCAGGGGGUUCUUUUUGAGAAUUUGAAAAGGAUUUCUUUGUGGGGGGCUGCAGAGUGAGUUUAACUCAGGGUCAGGAGUACAGAUUUAUUUUUGAGGAGCUCCAGGGUUAGUCUAACUUGCUGUCAAGGGUGAAGGAUUUCUUUUUGGGGAGCCCCAGGGUAGGUCUCACUCAGUUUCAGGGUAAGGAUUUAUUUUUGUACCAUUUCUGAUCUGUUCUCAGAUACUCUCACACCUCUCUGCCCACUGUGCUUAGAAAUGUUGCCAGGGGGAUCAGACAUCUCCAGAUCUCUGUUUUAACAAAAAAGAGAAAGCUUGUGCUCAGAAAGGAAGGAGGGAUCACAAAGAAGAUGUCCCAUGUCCCAGUGGGAGCCAGGAUUUCCCUGCUGGAAUGGGAUAAACAGCCCCUUCAAAAGGGCAAAGCUGACAGAACUGCAGCAAUGUUCCUAUUUCUGUGGGAGUAACUCUUCCAAUCUGCAAGCAGGUGCACAUCCAGAGGGAACAGCCGCACCUGGCAGCAGGGAUGUGACUAAAAUGCCCAGGAACCCAGUGGAGCUGGAAAAUCCCUCUUGGGAAAUAAGGAAAUAACUGAAAGAAAUAACUUUAUAAGUUCUGCA